AUGGAAAAAGAUGAGAUAAAGAAGACACAAGAAAUGAAGACUGAUCUGAAUUUAUUGUUAGAGUGUCUUAAAUAUCAAAUGGACAACCCAGCUUCACAAAAGGAGGCAUUGGUUACUAUUUAUUCAGUCUGUCAGCAAAACAGUGAUGCAAGUAUUUAUUUUCGGGAGAUUGGUGGUCUGAUGUUUGUUAAAAACCUUGCAAAGUCAAGCAUUCACAGCAUGGUAAAAGAAGCAGCCUUAUUUACCUUAGGAGCUAUUGCAGAAUGUAAUGUUUAUUGUCAGCAAACUUUGUGCACUUCAGAAUUUUUUGAAGACAUUAUUUGGUUUCUAUCUAAGUAUGAAUCUAACAUAAAUUUGAAAAGAAUGUCUGUUUACGUGAUGUUAGUCCUUGUUUCAAAUAACAGGACUGGACAGACUCUUGUAAGAGAAACAGGUUGUGUUGGUAUCCUGCUACAGUUUUUUAGAACAGCUCUUUCCAUGUCUGAGAUGGAUUUGUCAAAUGAAACCAUCUACCAGAGUUAUCAGCUGUGGUCUUCAGUAUGCAGUGCUUUGUGUGCAUGUGUGAAUAAUCCACAAAACGAUGUCAACCAGAAAAUUUGCAGUUCAGUUUUUCAACAUGCAAACAAAUGGCUACAGAGCUAUAUAAAACCUGAAAUAAUUCGUCCUAUUUGCUCAUUUAUUUGCCUGACUGUUGCAAAUAACACACAUGUACAGGAGUAUUUUAUAUCUAUUGGUGGAUUGGCGGUAUUAUCUGAAGUUCUCAUAAAACUGGAACAUGAUUCCCAUGGGAAUAUGCCCAGUGCUAAGCUGGCAGUAGUGGUGACCAAGACCCUGGAUGCCUGCAUUGCUGACAAUCCUGCUGUUGGGGUCAUACUAGCCAAAUACCACAUUGUAUCAAAACUUCUGACACUGCUACUUCAUGAGAGUCUGGAUUCAGGAGAAAAAUUUAGCAUUAUUCUUACCCUUGGGCAUUGCACAGAAGCUUGUGAAGAGAAUCAGCUACAUCUGUUUAAAAACAAUGGUCUUCCAUUAAUGAUCCAACUUUUAACUGAAUCACAGAAUGAGGAACUAAAUAAAGCUGCUACCUUUGUGCUGCACAACUGCAAAAAAAUUACAGAGAAGUUAUCUCUAAACCUAGAAGAAUUUUCUUCUGAUAUGAAUGAAGCUCAACAGUUGAAAGAAUUGAAGGUGAGAGAGAGGAAUAUUGAAGACUUCUGGAAGAAAGCAAAAGAAAUUCUUCACAGAAUAAAACAGCUUGAAAAUAAAGAAGAGGAGAGCAUUGGUGGACCUUGUAAUACAGAGUAUUACAUUCCUUCAGGGCUUUACAUUUUAUCAAGCACUAAUCCUACAACAGCCUGUGAGAUAGAGAAGGCAAGUGUGGUUGUCACCCUGGAAAAAAUAGAAAGAAGAGAAUUGGUUGGUGAUUCUUUUCCAAAGAGCUUAUCUAUGCAAAAUACAUCAAAACACUCCAGAGUGGAUGGCAUUAAUAGAGGUGUUAAUGCAGAAAGAAACCACCCCAAAAAGCAGCAUCAGGCUCAGAGCUGUGAGACAGUUGCUGCAGAGUGGUGUGAAGCCUCUGCAGGGCAUGAGCCCCAGGAUCCGUCUUGGAGUGACAAGGCAAAUCCUGUCAGCGCCUGUUAUAAAGAGCGUGGGCCGGCCAACAUUCUGAGCACCGCUAGUGUGCCAUUGACUGCCAAUGCCCUCAGAAGUCAUGGCUUGUACAAAGGAGCAAAUUGUGAGAAAAGGGCUUUGUCCUUACAGCCAAGUGACCAAGCUUGUAAAGGUCCAGCUCCAGGUAUCAGAAAUAGAAAGCAUCAGUCAUCAGUAACAGAUCCACUUACAUUAUGUUCAGACAUAAUCAGCAAAGAAGCUUCCAAUUUUCAAAGAAAUGGCAGUUAUCCUAAAACACUGAAUUUCAGGUGUUCAGGUUGCAUAGAAGUAGGAAAAUCCCUGAAUAGCAGAAAUUUUAGCAGGCUCUUGCACUCUUGCCCAUUCCAAUGUGAUCGCCACAAAGUCAUUCUGGAAGCUGAAGAUAGAUAUAAAAGUGACCUAAGGAAAUCACUUAUCUUUAACAAAAAGAUACUUUUGACCCCACGUAAAAAAGGGAUAUUUGGUAGUGAAUCUUCUACAAAUGAAGAAAGUAAUAAUUUCCAAGACAAUUUACAAAAGAAAUGAAGAUUUUGUAGAAAUUUGUCUGAAGAAAAAGAUAUCCUUUGCGUGGAAUAAAGAAGAUGGGAAAUCACGGCAAUCCAAUUUGGGGGUCUUAUUCAGUUUCUAAACGUUGGACAGCUGUAAAUAUUGCUUGUGCCUACACUGGUUAUAUUCUGGCCCUGUUAGAAGAAGUUAAACACUUUUUCCUUCCAAAUAAAUGAAAUGAAAAUGUGAAAAGUCUUAAGUGAUUACUAAAUGAAAUGUUUAGACCUCUACCUAAAUAUGUAGCUAGCCUAAGUUUCUAGCUUCUUUAAUCAUUUCUAGUUCUCUCAGUCUCAUUUUGUAUCUGCUUCUUCAUUCUUUAAAACUGUGCAUUUAUUUUGCUUAGUCCCAGAUAGAGAACUUGUACCAGUGGGAAGAAAUUAUGUAGAGGCUAUAGAUAUAGAACAGAGGCA